GGGCGUGGCCGGCGUGAGCGUGCCGCGGAGAAGGACGCGGUAGCUCUAGCGGGGCGGCCGAGCGAGGUUCUGUGGCGUGCGGGGUGCCCGGCCCCUCCCCCGCCCCCCUCGGCUGCGCGCGGCCCCGGGCACCACAGCGCGGCCGGGCCGGGCAGCCGUUGGCCGUUGGCGCUCAGGAGCCGGCGGUAUCCGCCCCGCCGUGGGGCCGGGGCCGGGGCCCCCGCGAUGAAGUGACAGCGGGCGGCCCCCUGUGCCCGCGGGGAGGGGGUGGCGCUGCCGGCGCGGACCCGAGCCGAGCGGCCGCGCCAUGAGCUACCAGCAGCAGUUGGCCAACUCGGCAGCCAUCCGCGCCGAGAUCCAGCGCUUCGAGUCCGUGCACCCCAACAUCUACUCCGUCUACGAGCUGCUGGAGCGGGUGGACGAGCCGGCGCUGCAGGGCCAGCUCCGCGAGCAUGUCAUCGCCAUCGAGGAUGCUUUUGUAAAUAGCCAGGAGUGGACACUAAGUCGAUCUGUACCAGAGCUGAAAGUGGGAAUUGUGGGGAAUUUAGCUAGUGGCAAGUCUGCACUUGUGCACCGGUAUCUGACUGGCACGUAUGUCCAAGAGGAAUCACCUGAAGAUAUGGAUGCAGGUGGGAGAUUCAAGAAAGAGAUAGUAGUUGAUGGACAAAGCUAUCUGCUGCUGAUUAGAGAUGAAGGGGGCCCUCCAGAGGCACAGUUUGCCAUGUGGGUCGAUGCUGUUAUAUUUGUCUUCAGCUUGGAAGAUGAAAUAAGCUUCCAGACAGUUUACCACUACUACAGUCGUAUGGCUAACUAUCGUAACACUAAUGAAAUCCCAAUGGUACUAGUGGGAACCCAGGAUGCUAUAAACUCUAAUAAUCCACGUGUUAUUGAUGAUGCCAGAGCAAGAAAGCUGUCGAACGAUUUGAAGAGAUGCACUUACUAUGAAACCUGUGCUACUUACGGGCUGAAUGUGGAAAGGGUCUUCCAAGAUGGGACCUGGAGUACACGAGUUGACCAGAGAGUGCUCUGCCAUCAAUUUAGCAGACCUGCUAAAUCAACACCGCUGCAUCGAUCUCAGCAGUGCCAAUCUAGCCUUGCCCAGAAGAUUGUGGCAACAAGGAAGAAACAGCAGCUUUCAAUAGGCCCCUGCAAAUCUUUACCAAACUCUCCAAGUCACUCGUCUGUAUGUUCUGCCCAGGUUUCUGCUGUACAUAUCAGCCAGACCAGUAAUGGAGGAGGGAGCUUAAGUGAUUAUUCCUCCUCUGUUCCAUCAACUCCAAGCACCAGUCAGAAGGAGCUACGGAUUGAUGUUCCUCCCACUGCCAACACUCCAACACCCGUUCGUAAACAGUCCAAGCGCCGCUCCAACCUCUUCACGUCUCGGAAAGGGAGUGAUCCAGACAAAGAGAAGAAAGUCCUGGAGAGCAGAACAGAUAGCAUUGGAAGUGGCCGUGCAAUCCCAAUUAAACAGGGUGUGCUGCUAAAGCGAAGUGGCAAGUCAUUGAAUAAAGAGUGGAAGAAGAAAUACGUUACGUUGUGUGACAACGGUGUACUGACCUAUCAUCCCAGUUUACAUGACUAUAUGCAGAACGUUCACGGAAAAGAAAUCGACCUUUUGAGAACUACUGUGAAAGUGCCAGGAAAGAGGCCACCUCGAGCGACAUCAGCUUGUGCACCCAUCUCCAGUCCCAAAACCAAUGGCAUGUCCAAAGACAUGAGCAGUUUACACAUCUCUCCUAAUUCAGGAAAUGUGACUACUAGUACGUCUGUAUCUCAGAUGGCAAGUGGGAUCAGUCUAGUCUCCUUCAACAGUCGCCCCGAUGGUAUGCAUCAGCGCUCCUACUCAGUUUCCAGUGCUGACCAAUGGAGUGAGGCGACAGUCAUUGCAAACUCUGGCAUCAGCAGUGAUACUGGUUUGGGAGAUUCUGUGUGUUCAAGUCCAAGUAUAUCCAGUACCACAAGUCCCAAACUGGAUCCUCCUCCCUCCCCUCAUGCCAACAGAAAGAAACAUCGUAGGAAGAAAAGCACUAGCAAUUUUAAAGCUGAUGGUAUCUCAGGCACUGCUGAAGAACAAGAAGAAAACUUCGAGUUUAUCAUCGUUUCCCUCACCGGCCAGACCUGGCACUUUGAAGCGACCACAUAUGAAGAAAGAGAUGCGUGGGUACAAGCCAUAGAGAGUCAGAUCCUGGCCAGUUUACAGUCCUGUGAGAGCAGUAAGAAUAAGUCCCGACUGACAAGUCAGAAUGAAGCCAUGGCCCUUCAGUCAAUAAGAAACAUCAGAGGCAAUUCUCACUGUGUGGACUGCGAGGCACAAGACCCUGACUGGGCCAGCCUCAAUCUGGGAGCCCUCAUGUGUAUCGAAUGCUCAGGUAUACACCGGAACCUUGGCACACACUUGUCACGUGUCCGGUCACUUGACCUGGAUGAUUGGCCUAUAGAACUCAUCAAGGUGAUGUCAUCCAUUGGGAACGAACUAGCAAACAGUGUCUGGGAGGAGAGUAGCCAGGGACGUAUGAAACCCUCUUCAGACUCCACAAGGGAAGAAAAAGAGCGCUGGAUACGUGCUAAAUAUGAACAGAAGCUCUUCCUUGCCCCGCUGCAGUGCCUGGAACUUUCUUUAGGCCAGCAUCUGCUACAAGCGACAGCUGAUGAGGACUUGCGGACUGUCAUCCUGCUCCUGGCCCAUGGAUCCCGGGAAGAAGUGAAUGAGACCUGCGGAGAUGGGGAUGGGCGCACAGCCCUUCACUUGGCAUGUAGGAAAGGAAAUGUAGUGUUAGUUCAGCUCUUAAUAUGGUAUGGCGUGGAUGUUAUGGCCCGUGAUGCCCAUGGGAACACGGCUUUAGCCUAUGCCAGGCAAGCCACAGGCCAGGAAUGCAUUGAUGUUCUCCUGCAGUAUGGCUGCCCUGAUGAGCGCUUUGUCCUGAUGGCUACUCCCAAUUUGUCCAGGAAGAACAAUAACAGGAACAACAGCAGUGGAAGAAUGCCCACCAUCAUCUGAGGAACUUACUCAUUUCUUCACUGACCUGAGUAACAUCCACAGCCUCAUAUUGCUCCAUUUUCUUCCCAGCUCUGACCUGUGAGUCUUAUACCUCCCCAUCUCCCUUUUCCCCUCAAUCUCUGUCCUCUCCAGAAAAAUCACAUCUGGACAAUGUGAAGGGACCAGAGGAGAAAAGGGGGCUGCAGAAACCCUUUAUUUUAAUAAAGGGUCUUGAAUAAGGAAAACUGAAAAAGGGAGGGGUUGUGAGAGAGAGUGGUUGUGAGGUCUCUAAUUAUAGCACAUGACAUGGGACCAUUUUACUAGUAGUCUUCAGGCAGAGGCUCUACAAGUGUUGAAAGAAGGGGUGGAGGGAGAAGAAAGGAGGAGGAAGAGGAGAGGAAAGAAGAAAUGGUAACUUUCCUUAACUGACAGUUAAGCACAUCAGUACAUUUCACCUCUACCAAACGGAACACUUGGAUUUCAUUCUCUUCUCCGACGAGCUUGACGGCAUAAAUCAGAAGCAAGCACAGAGUUUGUCAGGUUUGAAGCUCCUAUGAUGGUAUGUGUCAAAUCAGUUGUAGCUAAUCUGUCCAGGGAGAAUACUGGCUUCAUUACACUUGUAUAGUUGAGUUCUUCCAGCAUUACUGCUGUUUAAUAGAACAUGAUUAGUCAUCACGGAGAAAAAAGCAUAUUAGCUGAGGAGGUAGUUACAUGGCACGCUUCGGUGAUUGCUUGGAUGUGAUUGCAAUAUUCUUAGAAGCAUCAUAUUAUCUCAGACAUGUUCUUUCAAGCCCUUGGAGCCCUCCUUUCUAAAUUCACUGUCAUAAUUUAGUAUCUGUUUAAUUUUUCAGUCCAAAGAGAGGAAAUCGGUUGCUGAGUGUUAUUUGACUGCAGUCUCCUUGGUGUAAAAAUAAAAUGGAAAAAAUAAAUAAGAAUAACUAUGAAACACAAAAAGAAAUAAUGAAUACUGCUAAGGAAAAACAUUUCAAGUACAUUUAGUAAAAUAAAUAAAUGUAUUAAAGGCUACUUUUUUUUUCAGUCACAAGAAAUACGUUGUGUCAUUUUGCCAAGUAAGUGUGUUGAGUUUUUUUGGUCACUCUUGUGAUGCAUUGCCUAAAUUAUACAGAUUUUGUAUUGUGUCUUUAGAUUAUGUGUAUGUAAAUCUAUUUGAAUAAACAAGUUCAUAAAUAUGCAUUGA